CACAGGAGCCAGCCUAUUAGCCUACGCAGCUGCCUUCCUGAUUGACCUAGGUGUGCUCAUAUGUGGAGAUCUCUCCAAACUUUCCUAGCAUGGGGUUGUAUUCUGCAUUCAAACCUGGGAACUCUAAAUGUAAAAUCAAAUAUGAGUCGCUUCACUCUUACCAAAAUCUCCGAGGAGUCAAGAGAAAGUAUGAUGGACAAGGUUUCUGUUGGCAAAAUUCCUGAGGUGUUAGGAAGACCUUCUAGUGCUCCAGCUAGUUUAACAUCUUCUGUGGAGACUAAACCCAGUGAAGCCAGGCAGACAGAAAAAACAGUUAGCAAGAACGUUUUAGAAGCAAUAUUGAACAAAUUGCCUUUGAGGCCAUACUCUGAUACAUGGCAGUAUCCAAGCAAUAUAAAAUUACGUCCUAUGAAGAUGAGGUCUAAUGUAUCACAAUCACAAUUACUAUGGUGUGAAGGAAAAAAAGACAAAAUGUGGCUGAGUGAUGUAUUUACCAGGGUUGAAUCACUGAGUAGAUCUAUGGAACGGGAGAAAGAUAAACAAAAACGAUCAAUUGGCAGCAGUAGCAAUUUACUUGGAUUAUCCUCAAAUGAACGUAAUGAGACUGCCUGGAUUCCAAAAACUCAGUAUGCAACUAAUAUUCAGUGGCACACUGCCUUUGAACAUGGGCAUUUUAAGUAUGACAUCUAUAUGGCCUGCACUCUGACAGAUGAGAGGAAGAACAUACCAAGACUGGAGAGGGGUAAUAUUAUCAGAGACCAUGCCUCCGUAUACAAUGCUCAGCAACCAGGAACAUCAACAAAGAUUAAUAACAAUAACAAAAAGGCAAAGGUCCAAGGGGCACUUACUUCCGGAAAGUAUCAAAAGGGGAAGGCACAUGCAGGAGACUCAGAAGAUUGGAAGGAUGCCUUACAGGCUAAGAGUCAUGGAUCAAAUCUACUAGCGGUUGUAAAGGAAUAUCGCAAAAUGAUGUUUCGCAUUAAACGCCGAUGUGGAAUCUUGGACCCAACUACACCACUAAUAUUUGAGCAACUAGAAGACUGGCUUGACCACAAAAGAUUUUAUGAAACGAUGUUUGCAAAGAGAGAAUUCUUGAAAGAGAUGGAUAGAAAUGAUAUACCUAAAUUUUUCAGAGAUUGUGGCCUUUUUCCAUCUCCAGCUGAAUUGAACAAUAUAAUGAAAAUGGUCUUAGAAGGUGCUGAUUCAAAAAUAAAAAUCAUCACUAAGACUCAAGCAAUUGAAAUGGCCUUCAUGUUGUAUCCGCCUCGUGGUCUCACAUUAAUAACGGCAGCUGCUGCUAGGUCAACCUGGCUGAAACCAAUUGUUGAUGGAGAAGAUGGUUACAAAUACUUGGUGAGUGGACAUCCAGUGUUAAAAGCAGCUGAUAUUCGAGUUGCCGGAGCUUUAGUAGCUGCAUCAAUACGAGAAAGGAAGAGGAAAGAACGUGAAGCUAACCAAUCUGCUUUAUCAGGGGACAGUGAUUAACACAGGAUGCAGUUCACACCUAGUUGAAGUAAAUGGCAUCAUCCAAUUAAUUAUAAUGAUACCAGAUUGAAAACUAGCUUCAUUUUCCUCUCAGUAUACGAAAAGCAUCUCAUUUUUAAAUCGUCAGAUAUAGAAAGAAGAUAACAGAAACAUCGCUCUUGAGUCCAUACCAUAGACAAUAUUUCUGUAUGGAUAGAAACAAUUUCAGUAGGAUUUAGAAACCAAAUUUGUAAAAAAAACAUCCCAUGCUUAUUUGUUUGGAUCAUUGCUGAAAGAACAGAUACUAUUCUUUUGUUUUUGUCUUUCUGUAUGGGAAUGUCUUCCACCAAAUAAAGGUGUCAGUGUUUUGCUCAUUAAACUUUA